GUUUCCAUCGGGCGGAGGCGGGAACGGAGCCUGAAUCCGGGACUCUUGGGCUGAUCCGGAGUCUGGGGAAAGCAGAGCCGAGCAAAGCACACUAGGAUGAGUGGGAAAGAGCCGCUCCUGGGCGCUCUGAAAGUGUGCAUUCUCAACUUUCAGGAAAGCAAUAGUCCUUACACAGAUACCUGUCCACAUUUACAAUCCUUUUGUGAGAUCCUGGAAAUGAUUCUUCGGAAAGGAUUAAAACAGCCAGUUCUGGGGUUCAAGAGGAAGGACUAUUGGCACUGGCUAGAGCAGCUUCCGCAGCAGGAGACCCAGCACAGUAAGACCCUUCUGUCCAUGAUGGUUGAGAAAACGAGUUCUUGUGAGAAGGUGCUGACCGCCCAAGGAAGAGGGCGGUACUUCCUGCGUCUGGCUUUGAAUGGGAAGUUAUUAGCAGUUGCUGUUCAGCAGCUCAUCAGAACUCCCAGGCUGCUUGAGUGUUAUGAUCCAAUAGCAUCCAUCCUGAGCAAUGAAGAAUUUUCAGAGCCUUUCUUUUCCAUGAUGUUGGUGGUUACAGAAAUGAAUUUCUCCUUAGAUUUGCAGAAUUCCAGUUUCUUGGAUGAAAGCUGGCAACUUCCAGUAUGCCAGACUUACGAAACUGUCCCUUGCCGGGAAUUGGGAAUGGUGCUGAGGUAUUUAAAUGGACGGAUUUUCAUUAUAGGAGUGCUUCCAAAGAGCCAGGCAGAGGUGGAUGAAGUAGUACUAGUAGGAGAUGUCAUUGAUGAGAUAAAUGGAUCUUCCCUGAGGAAUGCAGGCAAUGGACAGGCUGGUUCAGUACUGCAGAAGCUGAAAGGCAAACCACUAAGCUUUCGCUUAAUCCGGUGGAAAUGGCAUGACGGAGGAAUGUUCAAGCCAUUGUUGCCCUAUCUAAAAGUUCUCAGAGAAAAAAUCCCCAGCUUCCAACUCCAACAUGAGCACAAACCUAAAGAAGAGAAUGAGGAGCGAAGUUUGCAAGGAGGCAGACUCCUGUAUAAUCUGCGGUAUUUAGGCCAGGCCAAUGUAGGAAAGUAUGGAGGCAAAGACAUAUUAGACGUAGGCAUACCCAUGGUGUUAGAUAAGCAUUUACCACAGCAGGAAAUUUUAUUCGAUGUCAAAGAAACAGAAGUAAUUGUUCAACACAAAACAACUUCAAAGGUUCUUUUCCGUUAUUGUUACACAGACAUUUCCUGUGUGGGACGCCGUCUGGAUAGCCACAGUCUCUUUGCUUUCUGUAGCUUAGCUUCACCUGACUCUCCAGAAGAUAGCACUUUUGAUUGCCUGGUUUUUGGAGCAAAUUCUGAAGAGGAAAGUGAGGAAAUCAUCAAACGGAUUGCUGCUGGAUUUAAACAUACAGAGUGGUUUGUCUGACAGAUGUGAUGUUCUGCAGCUGGGCUUCUAUCUACUUUUGGAGCCUCAUUGGCCUGCUAAAGUCUGUUAUCAAUCAGUGGUAUCUUGAUGUGUCAACUCUUGGAUUGUGGAGUCGCUUGGUACAGAUUAAUAUUCUGUCCAAAUACAAUUGUUCUAGAUAAAUCAAACAGAAGACUCAACUGCUUUUUCAAAUGUUUACAUUGCCAAUUUUCAAAAUGGAAUAAAAUCAAGCUGAAGCAAUAGAUUGUUUGCACAAUGUAGCGUAUCUACAUCAAAAACAAGACCAGUUUGAUAGAACAAAUCAAAUAACUAAACAGUUUCUCAGCAGGCAACUUUACAAUUUUCAUUAUAUUUAAAAUACCCAUUAUGGGUUACCUAAUAAGUAAGACAAAACCCUAAAACAACCUGUAAAUUUAUAUUCUCAAACAAUGGGUUGAAAUACCUGGAACAGCUUUUAAGAGGCAGCACAGAAAGCUGGACUGCUCUUACCUAGUUUCAUUUCCAUGAGUCAUCUAAUUAGUCUAGAAACAAGGCUGAAAUUAUUUUGUAAGCUAAGAAAUUGAGUAGCAUUUCCUAGUUCCUAUUCUGUAAAUAUGUCAAAAUCAGAAAGACUUCACUGAGUUACAUAAUUGCUGCAAACUAUUACUGCAAUUGGGGAUAAAUACAAAGCAUAAACAUGCUUCAACUUGAUUUAAGCAUAAACCCAAGUAGAAAUGCUACUUUUCCCACAACAAUGACAGGACUCAUGUGAAUGUAAAACAUUUAAUUUAAAAAUGUUGACACUACAAUAUAUAAAAUAGCUAUUAUAAAUGCACAUAGUGUAUUCUAUAGCUGCCAGGUUUACUGUUUUCUCUUAGGAAACUGUAAGUUACACUGUGGUUAAGACUUGUACUUCACCCUU